AUGACUCUGUUGUUUAUGUUCACGUAUAGUUGCGAUGGCGUGAUAGAGCACAGCGACAAAGUUGCUUUAGGAGCAUAUUCAGCUUUGUGGACGAUCAUGCCGAUGAACAAAUUUGGACGAAUGCUCCGAAACGAUUUAAUACUGGUGAUCGAGCGAUCAAGACGAGUUUGUUGCCUAACCGCGAACGGAUUUUUCCCCAUAUCGUUGGAAACUUACACUACGUCAAAAUCGAGGAGGAAAGGUCGUCAUGCAUAAGGCGGAAUACUCGGAUAUUUCCGUUGCAAUAACGCAGAUUCUAUUGAAGUUCACGGGUGUCUCGAUAGCCACAAAUGAUGCCGAAGAACGUUUAAAAAGAAUCGCUAUGGCGUCCACAAUCGGCUUUCAUGUUUUCUCCAUGUACGUAAAUAUCAGUGACAUUUAUCACAGUUGGGACGAUUUUAACCAUUGCGUUUUUGCGUUGUCCAGCUUACUAAGCAUCAGUCUACCGUUUUUCAAAGUUAUGGUGUUAUACAUUCUCAGAACGGAAUAUGAAGAAAUAAUUUCAUAUGUAAAGCAGAAUUUUUGGCAUCUCAGAUACAAAGAUAACGAUAGGAUGCUUUUCAUGGAAUGUCAGAAGUUGUGCAAAUUUUGGACCAUAACCGCAUACAUUUUUAUGCAAUCGAGCCUGUGUUUCUAUAUAGUUACACCGUUAUAUACUAACUAUGGGAAAAACAAAUCAGAGAGGAUACUUCCGUUUCAAAUGUGGCUCGAUAUACCGUUGAGUAUGACACCGUAUUAUGAAAUACUGUUCACCAUGCAGGUACUAGCUUUAGAACAAGUCGGUAUGACUUUUCUAAGCAGUGACAACUUCGUAUGCAUAGUGAACGUGAACGUGAUUUACCAAUUCCGCAUGCUCCAAUACAGGCUUUCGAAUCUGUGGAAGACCAUCGCCGAACAAAAUGAAAAAAUAGAUUACACCGAGGAAUGUUAUACGACGUUGAAGAAAUGCAUCAGGCGGCAUCAGGCAUUGAUCGAAUUCUGCGACAAGCUCGAAAACGUUUAUACAUUACCAAUUCUCGGCCAUGUCAUAGUCUUCAGUCUGUUAAUGUGCAUCGAUGCAUACGAGAUAUUCCUGGCAGACGUACCUACUACGACGCGUCUCAUUUUCGUUUGCACCGUGAUGGGUAGCUUUGUCCACAUAAUUUUCUUCACGUAUACUUGUCACGGAUUGAUAGAGGAAAGUACGAAAGUAAGCUUUGCAACGUAUUCAGGCUGGUGGACGAUUUUACCAAUGACUGAAACUGGCAAAAUGAUACGAAAGAACGUGAAUAUAAUGAUGAUGAAGUCGACACGGCCGUGUUAUCUGUCAGCCGGUGGAUUCUUCCCUGUGUCUUUGGAAACAUCUACUGCGAAAACGAGGGAUUUGUCGAUCACUAUCGUGUCCUUUUACAUGAGAAUAGCUGGCUUUUGGCUGUCGAAGAACUAUGCGGAAGAACGCUGGAGGAAGUUUGCUAGAAUAUAUUCGACCAGUGCGGUCUUCGUCGCCAGCGGGAUCGAGAUAAGAGAUUUGUAUUUUAGUUGGGGUGAUUUCAGCGAUACUAUAUACACCAUGUGCAACGUCGUAACCAUCAUCCUAGUUCUUUUCAAAUGUUUGAUUUCAUUUGUAUAUAAAAAGGAACUGAUCGGCUUGAUACAGUACGCGAAAACGAACUUUUGGCAUUCGAAUUACGACACGCACGAGCAAAUGAUUAUGGACAAGUGUAAACGUUCGUGUGCGACUCAUGUUUGUAUUUUCACUUGCCUUGUUCAGGGAACGGCUAUCUCUUACCUGGUAGAGCCAAUUAAAGAAAAUAUCGGGAAAAAGGAAACAGAUCGAAUACUUCCAUUUAAUUCGUGGCUAAACCGCACGCUGUACUAUAGGACGCCGUAUUUUGAAAUCCAGUUCUUAGUAGAGAUUCUGGCUUUGUUUUAUGUCGGCGUGUGCUACCUUUGCUUCGACAAUAUUUUGUGCAUUAUAAAUCUGCAUACUGCUGGACAGUUCCGUAUAUUGCAAUACAGAUUUGGAAACAUAUGCAACACGAACGAUCACGAAAAAUUCCGUGAAGUUUCGGAGAAAUCGUCGUACAAUAUAUAUAAAUACAGGAGGCUUAAGACUUACAUUCAACAACACCAAAUGCUCAUCGCAUAUUGUAAAUCGCUCGAGCAUGUAUUUAGCUUAAUUGUGUUUUGGCAAGUGUCACUCUUCAGCUUGUUAAUAUGCCUCGAUGGUUACUUAGCUCUUACGAGCGGCAUCCCUCUAACAAGACGGCUUGUUUUCAUAAUUCAUAUGAUGGGUAGCACCUAUCAAUUGCUGAUGUUCACUUAUAGUUGCGAUACUUUGAUACGAGAUAGCUCGAACGUGGGUACAGCCGUAUACGGGAGCUUAUGGUCGCUCCUGCCAAUGGACAAAUACGGGAAAAUGUUACGAAGAGAUUUGAUACUAGUUAUCUUGAGGUCUAAAACACCCUGUUGCCUAACUGCCAGUGGAUUCUUCAUAGUAUCAUUGGAAACAUUUACCAAAGACGCAACAUUCACUGCUUCCACAGCGAUACCUCUUUUAAUAGCAACGGUAAAGGCCAUCACGUUCACUGUCCGAAAACCGGAAAUAACGUGGCUACUCGAACGGAGCCAGAAAUACUUUUGGUACAAGGGACACAACGCAUUUGAGAAAAGAAUCAUGGACAAACUGAAUAAAAAAUCCAUACUGUAUAUGGGUUCAUAUACAUUUUUCAUCUAUGGAACAGCCGUUGUAUACACAGUGUAUCCUUUCUUUGUAAACAUUGGGAAAACUGGGGAGGACAGAAUUCUGCCGUUCCAUUUCAGACUGUUCAAAGUACCCUCGACAAGGACACCGUACUACGAAGUUAUAUUCGGAGUAGAGGUGAUAUCAGCUCUGCACGCAGGAAUUUGCUUUUGCUGUUUUGACAAUUUAUUAUGUAUACUGACUCUACACGUAGGCGGACAGUUCAAGAUUCUACAAAAUAGAUUAGAAACGAUAUUUCGAAGCUUGUCGGAGAAAAAAUCAUUCGAAAUAUACGAGGAGUUCAAAGAGUGCAUAAUGUAUCACCAUUUGCUUAUUACGUACGUGGAGAAAUUGGAAUGCGUGUUCUGCUUUCCCCUAAUGUUUCAGCUGUUAAUGUCCAGUAUAGUGUUAUGCCUCUCGGGCUUUCAGUUAACCAUGGCUAGCGAAGAACUUGUGAAGAAAUAUCUGUUCCUGAGUUAUGCCAUCAGCGGUGUCGUACAGGUAUAUAUGAUAACACGGAUUUGCGACGACGUAAUGGAAGAAAGCAGCGGCAUAGGAAAUGCGAUAUACAGUUGCAGUUGGGAGACAACAUCUUAUGUAAUGUUCAAUAAAUUCAGGAAAGAUAUGAUCACUGUAAUGAUACGAACGAAAUAUCCUUGCUACCUCACAGCUGCAAAAUUUUUCCCCAUCUCUCUUAAGUCGUUCACAAAU